CCCGUACUGACUUUCUGAAGGGACCCCAAGAUGGCUGAAUGCACACAGGGGGGGUAGUUAGCAAUGAUCUAAGCAAUAUGAUGGAAAUUAAUGGUAAAUAACGUUAGUAUGUGAAACAUAACAUUGAGGGAGUUAUACGAUUACAGCUGGUUGAUCUGCCUAAUUUUGGAAUACAAGAAUACCUCGUAAGGACAGAGACUGGUCUCUCGGAGGCCCAGAGCCAGAACAUGGCGGAACACUUGGGAAAGAAGUAGCUAGCAGCUAACGUUAGCUAGCGUAUUAUCAAGAGACACAUAGCUAGCUGAUCAGAAACGUCGGGGGCUAUAUUGAACGACACUGGUGGUAAACGGGCAAUAAUGUAACCGAUGCAUGGUAUUUGUCGCUAUUUAACAAUUUACUGUUUUCAUAAGAUGUUUAAUGUAGCUAGGCAGUUAGCCGACUGGCUAGCUAACUUGCUAGGUAGCUAGCUAGUCCGUUACAAUAGCUAGCAUACAGCAAUCAUCUCACUGUAGCUGAAGUCAGAGGAUAUAGCCAGGUGAACUUACCUGAAUGUUUCCAAUUGAAAUAUUGUCGUCAUACGUAUUAGUUAGUCUGAUUGUACUGUUUAUAUAGUUUCUGAGGGAGAAUGCGUACCUAACUAGCACUAGGAAAACUAGCAAGUCUGUUAAACAGCGCGAAUUGACGCGUCGUGCAUUUCUAGUCUGCGCAAGACAUGUUUUGUGGAAGCCAGUUAGUUAUCUGUAGGAAGUUACAAUUAGCGAACAGCCAAACCUAAGUAAUCUAGCUACUGUUUGAAAGUGGAUCUAGUUAUCCUCAUACAAGGCAGUCGGUAGAGUUGCGGCGCGGGGGAAAGCGGUCACGACCACCUGCCAAGAUGACGGAUACCCGCCGCCGAGUCAAAGUUUAUACUCUUAACGAGGACAGACAAUGGGACGACCGCGGCACGGGACACGUCUCCUCUGGUUAUGUGGAGAGGCUGAAAGGCAUGUCUCUGCUGGUGCGAGCGGAGAGCGAUGGUGAGUCAGGUUCCCUACUGCUCGAGUCAAAAAUCAACCCAAACACAGCCUACCAGAAACAACAGGACACGUUGAUAGUGUGGUCGGAGGCUGAGAACUAUGACCUGGCCCUCAGCUUCCAGGAAAAGGCCGGCUGCGAUGAGAUCUGGGAGAAAAUCUGUCAGGUCCAGGGCAAGGACCCGUCAGUGGACAUCACACAAGAGCUGGUGGACGAGUCGGAGGAGGAGCGCUUUGACGACAUGUCCUCCCCAGGCCUCGAGCUCCCUCCCUGCGAGCUGGGCCACCUUGAGGAGCUUGCCGAACUCGUUGCCUCCUCCCUCCCCUCCCCCUUACGCCGCGAGAAACUCGCCCUGGCCGUGGAGAACGAGGGCUACAUCCGCAAGCUCCUGGAGCUCUUCCGCCAGUGCGAGGACCUGGAGAACGCCGACGGCCUCCACCACCUCUACGAGAUCGUCAAGGGCAUCUUCCUGCUGAACCGCACGGCCCUCUUCGAGGUCAUGUUCUCUGAGGAGUGCAUCAUGGAUGUGAUUGGCUGCCUGGAGCACGACCCUGCGCUGGGAGGGUUGCCGCGGCGCCACCGUGACUUCCUCACCAAGACGGCGCGCUUUAAGGAGGUCAUCCCCAUCGGUGACCCCGAGCUGCGGGCCAAGAUCCACCAGACGUACCGCGUGCAGUACAUCCAGGACAUGGUGCUGCCCACACCGUCGGUGUUCGAGGAGAACAUGCUCUCCACACUGCACUCGUUCAUCUUCUUCAACAAGGUGGAGAUUGUGGGUAUGCUGCAGGACGAUGAGAAGUUCCUGACUGACCUCUUUGCACAGCUCACAGAUGAGGCUACAGACGAUGACAAGAGACACGAACUGGUAAACUUCCUUAAGGAGUUCUGCGCCUUCUCACAAACAUUACAACCUCAAAACAGAGACACCUUCUUCAAGACUCUGUCGAACAUGGGCAUUCUCCCUGCACUAGAGGUUAUACUGGGGAUGGAUGAUGUGCAGGUGCGUGGCGCAGCCACCGAUAUCUUCUCCUAUCUGGUGGAGUACAACCCCUCUAUGGUACGAGAGUUUAUCAUGCAGGAGUCCCAGCAGAACGACGACGACAUCCUGCUGAUCAACCUGAUCAUCGAGCACAUGAUCUGUGACUCAGACCCAGAGCUGGGCGGCGCCGUGCAGCUGAUGGGUCUGCUACGCACCCUGGUGGAUCCCGAAAACAUGAUGGCCACCGCCAAUAAAACAGAGAAGACAGAGUUCCUGAGCUUCUUCUACAAGCACUGCAUGCACGUCCUCUCUGCUCCACUACUGGCCAACACCACGGAUGACAAACCCAGCAAAGAUGACUUCCAGACAUCUCAGCUGCUGGCGCUGAUCCUGGAGCUGCUGACGUUCUGUGUGGAGCACCACACCUACCACAUCAAGAACUACAUCAUCAACAAGGACAUCCUCCGUAGGGUCCUGGUGCUAACCGCCUCACAGCACGCCUUCCUGGCCCUCUGCGCGUUGCGCUUCAUGCGGAGGAUCAUCGGGCUGAAGGACGAGUUCUACAACCGCUACAUCAUGAAGAACUUCCUGUUUGAGCCAGUGGUCAAGGCCUUCCUCAACAACGGCGCCCGCUACAACCUCAUGAAUUCGGCCAUCAUUGAGAUGUUCGAAUAUGUCCGCGUGGAGGAUGUGAAGUCCCUGACGGCUCACAUAGUGGAGAACUACUGGAAGGCCCUGGAGGACGUGGACUACGUGCAAACCUUUAAAGGACUGAAGCUGCGCUAUGAACAGCAGAGGGAGAGGCAGGACAACCCCAAACUGGACAGCAUGCGGUCGAUCCUGAGGAACCACCGGUUCCGGCGAGAUGCGCGGACGCUGGACGAUGACGAGGAGAUGUGGUUCAACGCGGACGAGGACGAGCUGGAGGAGUGCGAGGCGGUUGUGCCCCCCUCGGACAACAAGACCACCAAGGCGAGCGACGGCGAGAAUGAAGACCUCAUGGACCCCAUCAGCAAGUUCAUGGAAAGGAAGAAACUGAAAGACUCGGAUGACAAGGAAGUCCUGGGCAAGUCCAGUAGUCUGUCAGGCCGCCAGAGCCCCAGCUUCAAGCUCUCCUUCUCCAGCUCCACCACCAAGACCAGCCUGUCCAGCCCGCCCGGCUCGCCGGGGUCAGGGGCCAAGGGCUCGCCCCCGACAGCAGCCACAGUCACCACAAAGGUGGGACUGGUGGACUACCCUGAUGACGACGAAGAAGAUGAAGAGGAUGUGGGCGGCGAGAGUAAAGAGGAGACUCCGCCCCUGUCCAAGAAGUCCAAGCUGAGCUCCUAAUAAAAAAUUAAACGUUAAUGACUACUUUCCACCGAUCCCACGAUGGACUCAACACAGGAACGAACAAAAACUGCUCAACCUGUUAAAACAAAUGAAUGAACCCCACCCCCCCCCUUGGUUUUCAAUGGGGGCUUCUGUUGAGGAGCGGACUAUGAAUGGAUACGCGUCUCUAACUAAUCCCAAUAUACAAGUGCCAAUCGGGAGGCCGCAGAGCUAGGAACGAACGAAUGGACAAGAGAGAAAGGCGGAGAGAAAAGACUAUUACCGAUAAUGGCGUCAAAUAAAAGGGGCGGAGUGACGAUUUAUAAUCAAACAAAGCUAAAAUACCGCGGGAAAUGACCACACAAAUACACACAUUCAUCCACACACACACACGCACACACACACACACACACACACACACAUACACAGACUUCAACCCCAAAGAGCUUGCGGGCUCGGACCAUGACACACUGCCUCACCCCCAACCCCCCCCACUCAGGGAAGGACAUCACAGCGACCCCCAAAAUGGGGCCGACCAAUCCAGAUGCAGAACCACUCACCCCCUACGCUGACUUCUCCUCCCACUUCUGUUGAUUUCUCUCUCCACCCCCCUUUUCUCUCCAUUUUUUGUUUCUUUUAAUAUCUUUAAUCCUUUUUAGAUGUUAGUUUCUAGGACCAGACGUGAGACUGCAGACCGACGGGGCGAAGUCGUUUUGUUUUUCGUUAUGAUGAUGUCAUCAGUGCUGUCGUCGUUGCUCAGUGGAAGUUAUUCCUCUCAUUAGAAAAAAGCCAGCCGUUUUUUUCCUUUUUAAUCACUCCCUCUCGCUCUCUCUCUUCAGUUUUUUGUAAACGACAACAAAAGAGACCUGCCUUUACAUGUUCAGGAACUUUUCAGUCGCACUUGAACAGGUUUUUAAAAACCCCAGUAGGUUGAGCUAGUUUUACCCUUUUUUGCCCUUUGAAACUGCAGAUUUUUUGGAAAAAUAAUUUGUAAUCCUUUCUUGAUUAAAGAUUGAGUGGAAUUGUAGAUGUGAUCAAUUUAUUUCAUAUCUUCUAAUUUUUUUGGUUUUCUUUUACGUGAGUGUACACUUAGUUGUUCAGAAAUAUUUGGGACCAUUAAAAAUGAUCUUUGCUGUA